AUGCGUGUUGUGAUCAUCAGCACCAUCUUUACUGGUCUCGCAACUCUCUUUGUCGCCCUUCGUCUAUGGACUCGGUUCAAAUUGGUGCAUAGUCCGGGCUAUGACGAUAUCCUCAUCGUUGGGUCUUUGCUAUCAUGUUACGCCUUCUUUGCAUUUAUCCUUGUUGAACGAAGUCAUGGACUUGGAGUCAACAUAGCAGAUCUAUCACCGGAGGUUAUUGAAGAUCAAAUGCGUUACCUUUGGCUUUCCGUCCCAUUCUACAAUCUCUCCCUUAUCCUCAGCAAACUAUCCGCUCUCUUCCUCUAUAUUCGCAUAUUUCGUGGACGAGGCUUCCUUCUAGCCACAUACAUUACAAUGGCCUGCUUAAUAGCGGCCGGACUCUGGAUGGUCAUCAGUGGCUUUGUAUUUUGUGUCCCCAUCAACGAUUUCUGGGAGCUACAUCGCAACGAUCAGGCGAGUCAUUGUCUACCCGAGGGACCAGUCUGGUACUCCAAUGCUGCAAUGCAGAUCGUCAGCGAUAUCGUGAUCAUGAUUCUCCCAAUGCCCGUCCUCUCCAAACUCCAACUACCUCUAAAGCAAAAGGCCGGUAUAAUGCUUGUCUUUGGUCUUGGGGUCUUUGUAAUCGCUACAAGUUCUGCUCGUCUUUACGAACUAAGCACCAUGGUCAGUGGUCGCGACUUCACAGAGAAAAAUGCGGAAGCAGCCGUUUGGUCCUCCCUCGAGGCUAAUGUCUCUAUUAUCUGUGCAUGCAUGCCACCUCUUCAUCCCCUUUUAUCCCGUCUCUUCGCUCUCUGUUUCCGUCCCAUCCCACUCCAUUCAUCACCCGCAUCAAAGGCACAUUCCAAUACGACUUGUCUAACCGAGACAAGGAAGCCAUCGAUCUAUGAUCACCAUGGUGUUAUUGGCCCAGAUGGUGGUAUCUUCUUUAAUGAUUUCUUCUAUGCGGGACCAGGGAGUUACAUGGCUAGUGUUGCGAAGUUGGAGAAUGAGAGAGAGAGGGAGAAGGACUGUGAGAAUGAGAAUGGGAUUCGAGUUGUUAGGGAAUUGAGGAUGGAGUCGGAUUCAGUACCAUUUCCGAAUGGCGGAUUCCUUACCACGGAUUACUAUAAUCAUGGCGGACACCAUGACUUGAAGGAGAGGGAUAUUGAGAUGGGGCGAAUUGGGGAGGGAUCGGGUUCUAGUGGGAAGGGAACUGCCAAUCCGAGUAUUGAGUGGGAUUUGGGGGGAUUUUGA